AUGGCUACAUGCGGUAACUUGGAAAGAAAUGAAAAUGGUAAGAAUGUGGAAGUGAAGAAAUAUAGAGGUAUGAUAGGUUCUCUUCUAUAUCUCACUGCAUCUAGGCCAAAUAUCAUGUUUAGUGUCUGUAUGUAUGCCCGAUAUCAAUCGGCCCCAAAGGAAUCUCAUCUAAAAGCUGUCAAACGUAUUUUUAGGUAUCUUCAUGGUACUUCAAAUUACGGGCUUUGGUAUUCCAACGGGAGUGAUUGUAGCUUAGUUGGUUACACUGAUUCCAAUUUUAUCGGUUGCAAGUUGGAUAGGAAAAGCACGAGUGGGACUUGUCACAUAUUUUCAAAUUCCUUGGUUAGUUGGUAUAGUAAGAAAUAA